AUGGAUGAAAAUUUUGAAGAGGGCAAGCUUCCUGAACUCAAAUUAGAUGCUAAACAAGCGCAAGGGUUCCUUUCAUUUUUCAAAACCUUACCCAGUGAUUCAAGGGCUAUCCGUUUCUUUGAUCGGCGGGAUUAUUACACCGCACAUGGCGAUAAUGCUACUUUUAUUGCCAAGACAUUUUACCGAACCACUACUGCUCUUAGACAACUGGGUAAUGGUUCUGGAGCUAUUUCUAGUGUUAGUGUGAGCAGGAAUAUGUUUGAGACCAUCACACGUAACCUUCUCUUGGAGAGAACAGAUCACACUCUUGAACUAUACGAGGGCAGUGGCUCUAAUUGGAGGCUGGUUAAAAGUGGAACUCCAGGGAAUCUAGGGUGUUUUGAGGAUAUACUAUUUGCCAACAAUGAAAUGCAGGAUUCCCCAGUUGUUGCUUCAGUUGUUCCCAAUUUCCGAGAGAAUGGAUGCACAGUUGGCUUGGCCUUUCUUGAUAUUACUAAGAGAGUGCUUGGUUUGGCCGAAUUUCUAGAUGAUAGCCAUUUUACAAACUUGGAAUCUGCUUUAGUAGCUCUUGGUUGCAAGGAAUGCAUUUUACCACUGGAGAGUGCUAGAGCAGUUGAGUGCAGAUCUUUGCAAGAUGCCUUGUCAAGAUGUGGAGUGAUGGUAACUGAAAGAAAGAAAUCUGAGUUUAAAGGAAGGGAUUUAGUAGAGGAUCUUGGUAGGCUUGUUAAAGGAUCUUCUGAGGUAGUUCGAGAUUUGGUAUCCGGGUUUGAAUUUGCACCUGGUGCUUUGGGUUCUAUAUUAUCUUAUGCCGAGUUACUUGCAGAUGAGAGCAAUUACGGAAAAUUUUCAGUCCAACAGUAUAACCUUGACAAUUACAUGAGACUAGAUUCUGCUGCUAUGAGGGCUUUAAAUGUCAUGGAGAGUAAAUCUGACGCCAACAAAAACUUCAGUUUGUUUGGUCUCAUGAAUCGUACUUGUACCGCUGGAUUGGGCAAACGAUUGUUGCAUAUGUGGUUGAAACAGCCUUUACUAAAUGUUAACGAAAUCAACUCCAGGCUCGAUUUAGUGCAAACAUUUGUAGAGGAUGCUGGUCUUCGUCAAGACCUGAGGCAGCAUCUCAAGAGGAUUUCAGAUAUUGAGCGUUUGGUUCGCAAUCUUGAAAAGAAGAGGGCUGGUUUGGUGCAUGUUGUCAAACUUUAUCAGUCAUGCAUCAGGCUUCCAUAUAUCAAGGGUGCUUUGGAACGGUAUGAUGGGCAGUUUGCGCCGUUAAUAAGAGAAAGGUAUCUCAACCAUCUGGAGAACUGGACUGAUGAUAAUCACUUGAAUAAGUUCAUUGGUCUCGUGGAAACAUCUGUUGACCUUGAUCAACUUGAGAACGGAGAGUACAUGAUUUCAUCUGGUUAUGACUCAAACUUAUCUGCGUUGAAAGAUGAGCAAGAAUCUCUAGAGAAACAGAUACAUAAUUUGCAUAAACAGACUGCAAAUGAUCUAGACCUGGCUGUUGACAAGACUCUAAAAUUGGAUAAAGGCACACAAUUUGGACAUGUUUUUAGGAUUACGAAGAAGGAGGAGCCAAAAAUAAGGAAAAAGCUGAACACCAAUUUUAUUAUUCUUGAAACUCGAAAAGAUGGUGUAAAGUUUACUAAUUCAAAGCUUAAGAAGUUAGGGGAUGAGUAUCAAAAGAUACUGGAGGAGUACAAGAAUUGUCAGAAGGAACUUGUGGCAAGAGUUGUCCAAACUGCUUCCACCUUUUCAGAGGUAUUUGAGGGUGUAGCUGGCAUGCUGUCUGAGUUAGAUGUCCUACUAAGCUUUGCAGAUUUAGCAGCCAGCUGUCCCACUUCCUACACACGACCAGAGAUCAAUCCUCCAAAUGUUGGAGAUAUAGUUUUAGAAGGAAGUAGACAUCCUUGUGUUGAAGCUCAAGAUUGGGUGAAUUUUAUUCCAAACGACUGUAAACUAGUCAGGGGAAAGAGUUGGUUUCAAAUCAUUACAGGACCUAACAUGGGUGGAAAGUCAACAUUCAUAAGACAGGUUGGUGUGAAUAUCCUGAUGGCUCAAGUAGGCUGUUUUGUUCCUUGUGACAAAGCUAUUAUUUCCGUACGUGAUUGUAUUUUUGCUCGUGUUGGUGCUGGUGAUUGCCAGCUACGUGGAGUUUCCACUUUCAUGCAAGAAAUGCUGGAGACUGCAUCGAUUUUGAAAGGUGCCACAGAAAACUCCUUAAUAAUCAUUGAUGAGCUGGGUCGUGGAACGUCAACUUAUGAUGGAUUCGGCCUAGCUUGGGCAAUCUGUGAACACAUAGUUGAAGUGAUUAAGGCACCUACAUUGUUUGCAACUCACUUUCAUGAGCUGACUGCAUUAGCACAAGAAAAUCCUGACAAUCCUGACAUUACUGGUGUGGCUAAUUAUCAUGUCAGUGCACACAUAGAUCCAGCAAGUCGAAAACUGACAAUGCUAUACAAGGUAGAGCCUGGUGCUUGUGAUCAGAGUUUCGGUAUUCAUGUGGCGGAGUUUGCAAAUUUUCCUGCUAGUGUUGUUGCACUUGCGAGAGAAAAAGCAGCUGAGUUGGAAGAUUUCUCGUCUGCAUCUUUUAUAGCAAAUGAUGAUACUGGGGGAUCAAAUAAGCGGAAAAGGGAGUUGGAUCCUGAUGACAUGUCUAGAGGCGCUGCCCGAGCUCGCCAGGUUUUGAAGGAGUUCUCUGAAUUGCCCCUGGACACAAUGGACUUAAAUCAGGCCCUCCAACAUGCCAGGAGAAUGCGCAGCGACAUAGAAAAGGAUGCAGCCAACUGUAACUGGCUCCAACAGUUCUUACAGUCCUCAACCUAA